CCUGUGCAUCGUCAUUUCGAUAUCUUCGUUCCAUUGUGGCUUCAAGAGUCAGAGUACUUUGGUAUUGGAACGGUGUCUACUCUCCGGUGGAAACUAUAAAGUAUAAACCCUGUCUGGGCUCACGUUGAUCUCUUGCUUAUUUCGCAAGCCUCUCAGCGUCUGGCAGUGGCAGCAGCUGCAACAAGAGCAGAGCGAAGCAUAUGAUGUUGGGAUGAAAAUGUGGCGAGGUCGUUCCAUUGACAAGCAUUUGAAGACGAUGCUUCUGCUGUCUUCUACUUCAUCGUCUUUGUCACCAGCUACGUCGUUCAGAGCAAAACCAGCUUUUUCAAACUAUUGCCUUGUUAUUCCAACAUCACCCCGUUGUUUCUCCACCACGAAAUCCUCAACCUUCCAGCGGAACUUGUUGUCUUUCAAUUCAAGGCCGAGCGGUUCCAAUUUCGGUUCCGGCUGCCGUACCCUCGUUAUUCGAGGGCUUUCUUCAAUCCCCUCGGCGCACACAUUGGACUGGAACGAGUCCGUUUCCUGCUCGGAGAUCGGCGAUGGCCCUAGCAGCACCAUAACCGAGGAGGAGGAGAUGAAACCUUCCAUUCCUGUUAGGGCCUAUUUCUUCUCUACUAGUAUUGAUCUGAGAAGUCUAGUUGAUCAGAAUAAAGCCAAUUUCAUCCCGCCUACUUCUCGCAUGACUAAUUAUGUUGUCCUUCGAUUCGGAGACGUUAAGUCUGACCCCAGCGGUUGUGGAGCUAGUUUAAGUGGGAGUGAUUGCUCUUACAUGAUAGUUUUUCAAUAUGGAUCCAUUGUCUUAUUUAAUAUUCGUGAUCAUGAGGUUGAUGGGUAUCUGAAGAUUGUAGAAAGACAUGCUUCAGGAUUGCUUCCUGAAAUGAGAAAGGAUGAGUAUGAAGUGAGAGAAAAACCAACUUUAAACACAUGGAUGCAAGGUGGGUUGGAUUACAUAAUGCUGCAGUAUUUGAACAUUGAUGGUAUUCGUACCAUUGGUAGUGUCCUUGGUCAAAGUAUUGCUCUUGAUUACUAUGUUCGCCAGGUUGAUGGAAUGGUUGCAGAAUUUACCGACAUAAAUCGUGGAAUGGAGAAAACUGGCACCUUCACCAUGGAAAGGAAAAAACUUUUCCAGCUUGUUGGAAAGGCAAACUCUAAUCUAGCUGAUGUGAUUCUUAAACUUGGGCUUUUUGAAAGAUCAGAUAUUGCUUGGAAAGAUGCAAAGUAUGCUCAGAUAUGGGAAUAUCUUCGGGAUGAAUUUGAAUUGACUCAGAGAUUUGCAAGCCUUGAUUUCAAGUUGAAGUUUGUGGAGCAUAAUAUUCGCUUUCUACAAGAGAUUCUACAAAAUAGGAAAUCAGAUUUUCUGGAGUGGCUUAUCAUUAUAUUGAUUGGUGCUGAGAUUCUUAUUUCUGUUUAUGAUAUUGCCCACAAGUCAUCAAUAACUUCACUAUAGCAAGUGAAAAUGCUGAAGGCAGAAUGAAGUGGUGAAAAUAUAUGAGGUUAGAGAUGCAGUGAUUUUAAUCUUCCAGAAUUAAUCCUUGCCGCUCUUUGCAGCCUAGUACAAAAGUUCUUUGAUGCCCCCCUAAUCGUCAGUGGUCUUAUUGGAAAAGUUUAUGAUUUUGGCAUAUGGUGAUGACCAUUUGCUUUUUGUAUAAUCUCAAUUUAAAUUUGUAAAUAGUGGACUUUAGGAUUAUGAAGAUUUUUUUUUUCCUCUUUGAAAAGUAAUGAUACACUUCAGUUUCAGUUUUAGUGUCUGCAUCAAUGUUUGAAUACAUUUUUGUUCAAGUAAGUUUUUGAAGUGAUGGCAAGCAAAUAUUACUAGAGUUGGACA